CGGGCGAUCCCGGAGCGGGUUGAUGACGUCAGCGUUUGAACUCCAUGGCGGCGAGACGGCGGGCGGGGAGCGGCCGGCGGAAGCCAGUAUUAAAUGAAACCAAGAGAGAGAAUGGCUCUACAGCUACAGAAGACUCACCUCCUGCAAAGAAAACUCGCAAAUGCAGGAGACAGGGAGUGAAGGAGCCCAUAGGUGGAGGAAAGGCUGAUAAAGGUAGGACAGAAGAUAUACAAGAAUCUGUGAAUUCAUUGCUGUUAAAAGGCAAAGCUCCUGUGGAUCAGGAGUGUACAGCCAAGUUGGGAAAGGCUCAUGUGUACUGUGAGGGAAAUGAUGUCUAUGAUGUCAUGCUAAAUCAAACCAAUCUCCAAUUCAACAACAACAAGUACUAUCUUAUUCAGCUGUUGGAAGAUGAUGCCCAGAGAAACUUCAGUGUUUGGAUGAGAUGGGGUCGAGUGGGGAAAAUGGGACAGCACAGUUUGGUGGCUUGUUCAGCUGACCUCAACAAAGCCAAGGAAAUCUUUCAGAAGAAAUUCCUUGACAAGACGAAAAAUAAUUGGGAGGAUCGUGAGAGGUUUGUAAAGGUCCCUGGAAAAUAUGAUAUGCUGCAGAUGGACUACAGUGCUGUCACGCAGGGUGAUAAUGAAAUACAAGAAGAGGAUUCCUGUAAGGCCCCCUUGAAACCAGAGUCACAGCUAGAUCUUAAGGUGCAGGAGCUAAUAAAGUUGAUCUGUAAUGUGCAAACCAUGGAAGAGAUGAUGAUUGAAAUGAAGUAUGACACCAAGAAAGUCCCACUUGGAAAGCUGACAGUGGCGCAAAUCAAGGCAGGUUACCAAUCUCUUAAGAAGAUUGAAGAUUGUAUUCGGGCCGGUCAGUGUGGACGAGCUCUCCUGGAAGCAUGCAACGAGUUUUAUACCCGGAUCCCACAUGACUUUGGACUCCGUACCCCUCCAUUAAUCCAGACCGAAAAAGAACUGUCAGACAAAGUACAACUACUAGAGGCUCUGGGAGACAUUGAAAUUGCCAUGAAGCUGGUGAAGACAGAACUCCAAAGCUCAGAACACCCAUUGGAUCAACACUAUAGAAACCUGCAUUGUCAUCUGCGACCACUAGAACAUGAAAGUUAUGAGUUCAAAGUGAUCUCCCAGUACCUGCAGUCUACCCAUGCUCCUACACACAGUGACUACACCAUGACCUUGCUGGAGGUUUUUGAAGUGGAAAAAGAGGGGGAGAAAGAAGCCUUCAGGGAGGAUCUGCAUAACAGGACGCUGCUGUGGCACGGCUCCAGGCUGAGUAACUGGGUGGGAAUCCUGAGCCACGGGCUUCGCAUUGCCCCGCCAGAGGCCCCCGUCACAGGUUACAUGUUUGGAAAAGGCAUCUACUUUGCUGAUAUGUCUUCUAAGAGUGCCAACUACUGCUUUGCCUCCAGAAUAAAGAAUAUAGGGCUGCUCCUUUUAUCAGAGGUAGCUCUGGGUCAGUGUAACGAGCUACUAGAGGCCAAUCCUAAGGCAGAAGUAUUACUUCAGGGCAGACACAGCACAAAGGGCCUGGGCAAGAUGGCUCCCAGUCCUGCCCACUUCGUUACCCUGAAUGGGAGUACAGUACCCUUAGGCCCAGCAAGUGACACAGGAAUUUUAAAUCCAGAGGGUUAUACACUCAACUACAAUGAGUAUAUUGUCUAUAACCCUAACCAGGUCCAUAUGCGAUACCUUCUGAAGGUUCAAUUUAAUUUUCUGCAGCUGUGGUGAGUGUUGCUGUCAUACCAGGGAAGAUACACUCUUCAAGCAAGAAGAUAAGCACUGCUUCACUUUUAAACUUUUUUUUUUGGAUGUUUGAGGCAAGGUCUCACUGCAUAUUCCAGUGUCACCUGAACUCACCAUGAGGUCAGGCUAGUCCCACACUUGUGGCACCUCCUCCCUGUGCCUCCCAGAUCUGCACCACUGUGUGCAGACUGAACUUUUAAAAAUUUUUCCCAGUCAUGAGCGUUGAGCCCUGGGUCUUAACACUGAAGUACAUCUGCAACCCUCCAUGUUUUUUCUUGAGACAGGAUCUCACUGAGUUGCCCAGAGUAGGCUUGAAAUUAUAAAU